AUGCGGGCUCAAUUGGUGCUCCCGUCACUGCUCGGGGCAAUCAUUCUACUCGCUUGGCCAGUGUCGGUUUCCUCGUCCAUCACCUACUGUUCGUCCGUGAAUACCGGGUCUUCCCAAGCCGCAAAUGAGAGUACCUUUCAAUCCAAUGGGCUUUGCGAGGAUCACUGCAGCACCUAUGCAUUUGGAAUUCUGCAGGGCUAUGACUGUUGGUGUUCGAACAUUGCUCCCAAUUCUGCCACCAACGUGAACAACUCGAAAUGCAGCCAAGAUUGCCCUGGAUAUCCAGAUGAUAGCUGUGGAAGCACGACCAAGGGCCUGUAUGCCUACGUUGAAGUAGUGGGCAACCAGCCGUCGGGCACUGCAACUGUCUCUUCAACUUCAACCACAUCCACUUCGUCGUCGUCUACAACCACGUCGGAAGCUACCACGACCACUGGUCAGACGGUCUCGACCGAGACCAAUGCUGGGGGUGCGGUCAAGACAGUCUUUGUUGGAGGAGGCCAGGCGACUGCGACGUCGUCCAGUACCAGUACUUCGUCCAAAUCCACUAGUAGCUCGGGCAUGAAUGCGGGCACGAUUGCUGGGAUCGUGGUGGGGUCCAUUGGUGGCGCCCUCGCAAUCAUUGCUUUGAUAUUCGUUCUCUUCUUCGCGAAGCGCAAGCAGCGUGCGAGCAGCCCUGAUCCAAGUGUACAGAACAUCCUACUGGACGGAAGACAAAGCAAAGGCUCACAGAUGAGUUUCAUGAAGGGCAUGUUUUCCGAUAACCAUAGUCAUACUCUCUCGGCCGGAUCGUCGAUCGCCGCUCACCGUUUGCCGACCUUUACGGACAACCGCAUGAAGACAGAUACUGUUCUCUUUGCCAAUGGUCGUCGCGACAGCGAUGCGUCACUCCAGGACAACGAGGACUAUUCUCGUCCCGUGUUGCGGGUCAGUCAUGUGCCAUUUUGAUUGUAUGCUGUGUCCCAGGCUAACGAAGAUCACCAGCUCACGAACCCGGACUAAGGAAUGAAUCCGGCAAACCGAUCUCCUUGCUUGUCUUUUGUUUUACUGCAUGUGUCCUCUCCUAUGUCUAUCUCGAUUUGCGUGUUUCGGCGAAAACAGCGGUGUUAUGAUACCCAUUUGUCACAUAAUCCUCUCGACUUUCACAUUUUAUUCGACUGCCUUGGGAGAUGAUGAGUUCGAGCUGUGAGCGACGCGACUCGACCCCGGCCCACACCACACCGAACCGCCGCCACUAACCAACCACCAAACCAACCAACCAAACCACACACCACCACCCGGUCCCAUCAUCAUCCUCGCAAUU